AGAUUUCGGCUCAGAGCUAAACAGCUCUUCAGAGGCCUGCCAUAAUGGCAGGCUUCUGAUGUGUCCUUACCCCCGACCCUUGGCCACCAUGGCCCACUCACCUCAGCGGGGAGCUAUGUCGCCGAUCAGAAGCAACCAUGGCGACAUCUUCGCAUUCCCCGGGAGCGGGCGAGCCCGCUCGGACUCGCAAGGAACUGGGCUGGUUCCGCCGACUGGGCCUUGAUCCUGGGGAAGGUCUCGACAGCACCCGGCUCCGGGCGGCCUACCGCCGGGCGGUGCUGCAGAGCCACCCAGACAAGGGCGGCACCGCGGAAGCCUUCCAUGAGGUGACUCAGGCCUUUGAGAUGCUGUCUGACUUGGCGGCGCAGUGUGUAGAGCGCCAGUGCAAGCGGAAACGGGUCAGCAGCAAGCAGUGCAGAGCCAAGGAGUCCCUGGCGCAGCUGAGGGACGUGCUGCAGUCCAUGGACGCCGCCGCGCGGCGCUCCAAGGUCUCGUCGCUGCCGGCUGCGGUGCAGAAGGCACUCGUGGCCUUCAUGGAGGAAGAGCCGUUUCACCAGCAGCAGGACAGGCACUUGUCCAAGCGAAGUUCGAGUUCCAUACGGCUUCGUGCUGUGACAAGCAAGGCAGGCGCGAAGUAUGUGGUCCAGAUGGACAUCGAGUGCCUCCGCAGCUACACGCGUCAAGUGGCCUUUGAGCAGGCGAUCGAACACCAGCUGGUGCUUUCCGAGCUCAGAGAUCAGCUGGCAGCCGAGGAGGAGAUUUGGUCGCCGCCCUACAAGGCCUGCGAGAUUUUUCGGCGCGUCUUGGCCUCCCACGGCACCUCCGUGGAGAAGCUCAACCUCUCCGUCUUCGUGCAGAUGCGCGCCUCCGAAUGGGUGGCGAACCGUCACAGCCUCACCUCCCCGGUGCUCAGCUUCUUCUCCGCGGUGGAGUUGCGGCACCGCCUGCUGAGCGCCCGCAGCCACUCCUGGGAGGCACUACGCCAGGAGUGGCUGCAGCUCCUGCAGCAGGGCCGGCGGAGCCGCUCCGCGGCGGAGGCCGCGGAGUUUUUGGACUCCGCGCGGGCGGAGAAUUUGGAGAGGCGCCUCCGGAAAGCGGUGCAGCAGGUACAGCUGCAGGGCGAAUGCGAGACUGAGAGCGAGUGCGAGGAGCAGUGCUACAAAAGCUGCCAUCUGAGUGCAGAUGCACUUAAGGCCCAUACAGCGUUUCACGAGCGUUCAAAGCACCUUGCAGGCAUCAGUCACUGAGAGUUUUGCCUGCUUGCAAGGUGCUGGUGGGAGCAAGUCUGCUUUCAGCACCCUAAAACGAAAGCAGACGGCAUGGUUCACGAUUUCUCUGGCUCCGGAAGGCAACUGAUGCUGGAGUAUGAAGCAACAUUGCCUGCUAUUUGUCCUACCCA